AUGUAUAGCCUCCGUUGUGUCUGUCACACCCACCCUUCCCCCCUCCCCCGCAAUUCGAUGUAUAGCCCCAGUUGUCUAUAUCACCCCCCAGCCACCCCUCCCCCACAGUACAACUCGGGUGCAGUGUUCUUGUCAUGUCAACAGUGGUCGGGUGCAGUGUUCUUGUCAUGUCAACAAUGGUCGGGUGCAGUGUUCUUGUCAUGUCAACAAUGGUCGGGUGCAGUGUUCUUGUCAUGCCAACAAUGGUCGGGUGCAGUGUUCUUGUCAUGUCAACAAUGGUCGGGUGCAGUGUUCUUGUCAUGCCAACAAUGGUCGGGUGCAUCGGGUGCAGUGUUCUUGUCAUGCCAACAAUGGUCGGGUGCAGUGUUCUCGUCAUGCACACAAAUAAUCAGUGAUU